AUGUUGGAGCUAGUGAUGAUCUCCGACUGUGGCAAUUUGCUGUUCAUGAUUUUUGGAGGAGCCGUCCCGAAAAUUACCGGCUGCACAGAUAUUGGCCACAAUAUCACGGCGAACUGGAGUCCAACCGAUUUUUGCGAGGCUUACCAUGGUCGAAAAGCGAAUACCCCCAGCUGCAACCCGAUCAUCGAGCCGGAAUUCACCUCGAUCAACGUCGAGUUCGGUUUGCUUUGUGAUGAUGCCAACGGGAUCAAGGAGAGCACAUCAGUACAGAUGAUCGGCUACGUGGUCGGCUCGCUAUUCUGGGGACAGUUCUCGGAUAUGUUUGGCCGAAAAAUGACGAUGAUGGUGACGCUGAUCGCAAAUGGGAUCCUCGGCAGCAUCUCCGGCUUUGUGCCCGACUUGACGACGUUCACCAUUCUGCGCAUCUUCAUCAGCCUCUUCUUCACCGGGCACUUGGUCAUCGACAUGGUCUAUUUUUGCGAGACGAUACCAACAAAGCACCGUCUCUGGCUGGCCUUCGUCCUCAACUGGUCCCCGAAUUUCAUCGUUGUCGCGAUUAUCGCUUGGUUUUGCGGUGAUUGGCGCGUCUUCUCCGUGGCGCUGAACGUCAUCUGCUUUGCGGCUGCUGGGUUGAUGUGUUUCUGUGCCGAACCCCCACACUGGCUCCUUCGACAAGGGAAAAUCGACGAGGCUCGAAAAGUGGUGAAGUACAUCUACAAGUUCGACGGCGCCGAGCUCGACGAGGAGUCCCUUGAGCAGAUGCUGGUGUGGGAGCAGCGAAAGCUAGAGCUUCUCCCAAAAGAGCGCUUCUGGUUCCCGCACCUCUUCUGCACGUGGAAGCUGUGCGGCUACACUGCCGCCGUGUUUUUGAGCUACUUUCAAGCCUCGUUCGUCCAGUACGCGCUGUUGUUCAACAUGGAAGACAUUGGAGGAUCGAUUUUCGUGAACACGAUGGUGAUGGGCGUGCUUCGCGUCGUCAUCAAUCUCUUCUCGGCGGCCGGCGACAUCUUCUUGCCCUGGCUCGGACGAAAGAAGGCCCACAAAUUCUUCUGCCUCUACAGCGGUGUCACGCUGGUCAUCGCGCUUGGGGCUGAGAUUUUUGGCGCUUCCGGCAACUGGUCGAACGUCAUCCGCUUCAUGCUCCUCUCCACGGCUUCUAUGGUCUGCCAAAUGUUCGCCGUCGUCAGCGUCGUGUGCAACGAGAUUUUCCCAACCCCCAUCCGCAACGUCGCCUACGCAAUGACGCAGAUCGCCGAGAGCUCGGCUGCUGCGUUGGGGCCACUGGUUUUUAUCUUGAACGGCGUCGGCCAGUGGCUGCCCCUCAUGCUGAUGACGAUCAUCGUCUUCGCCGAUCUGAUCGUCUUCCACUUUUUGGUCCCCGAGACGAAGGACCUCCCGCUCGCCGAUGCGAUGCCCGACGGAGGAGUGUCGCAUCGGGAUAUUCAAAAAAGACAACUCCAUGCGCCAAUUUCCAACUACCUCGUGCUCAAACGACGCCUCGGCUCCAGACUCGACCACCCAAUUAUCUCAAUUUGCUAUAAUUACCUCGAGAUUGCCGCCUAUUGGACGAGCCUAUGGUUUCUCAAGUCCGCCUGUCUUGGGUAUUCCUGCGAGAGGAUAUGUCAACGGAUAAGGAAGAGAUUCUUUGCUGCGAUCCUCAGCCACGAGAUCGAGUGCGCCCAAGAGCGCCUCAAAGAGGGCUUCGGCGAGAAGUUUGCGAACGUCUUCUACUAUGGCACACAGUGCUUUGCGGCCUUUGGAAUUGGGUUCUACUACGACUGGCGGUUGACCCUGGUGAUGAUGACGUUAACCCCAGUUGUUGCCACUGCUGGCUUCAUGUUUAAUAAGCUAGCCACUGAUGCCACCGCGCUGUCAGUGAAGUGGUAUUCAAAAGCGGGAAAAGUGGCUGAAGAGGCCCUAAGCUCAAUUCGUACCGUACUCUCCUUCAACGGCCAGGAGCACGAGUGCCAAAAAUUCGAGAAAAAUCUGGCAGACGGGUCCCGGGUUGAGAUCAAGAGAGCUGUAAUGAUCGGUGCCCUCUCAUCAAUAUCCUUCUCCUGUUUUGACGUAAUGUAUUGCGUCGCGUUUUACGUCGGAACCGACUACGUCUAUUGGGGAUUUUUGAGCCCACAAACCAUGGUUACGGUCCUAAUGACCGUCAAAUUCGGGUCGUAUUCACUUGGAUAUGUGAUCCCUGAGAUCGCGACUGUUAUUAAUGCGCUCGGGCAAGCUGGAGGGAUUAUGGAGAUUAUUGAUUCGGUCAGAACCCCUGAAGGAUGCGAAAAGCCGCCCUUCAUCUUGGGAAAAGUAGCAGUCAGAAAUGUCCACUUCACCUAUCCAAGUCGACCCGACGUACCAAUUCUCAAGGGAAUUUCCUUCGACUGUGACCCAGGCCAGACCGUGGCAUUGGUCGGAUCUUCCGGAUCCGGCAAAUCGACGAUUGUCCAGCUGCUACUACGGUAUUACCAACUGGAACUGGGACAGCUGACCAUCGAUGGUAUCCCGGUAGAAGACUACGACAUUGACUAUUUACGCAAGAUUGUGGGUGUCGUUAGUCAGGAGCCGGUGCUGUUCAACAACACUAUCCUGGAGAACCUCCUCUUCGGCAACCCCAACGCUACCGACAAGGACAUCAACUCGGCACUCAAAAAGGCGAAUGCACUCGGGUUCAUUAACGAGUUUCCGGAGGGCCUGAAGACCCUCGUCGGAGACCGAGGGACUCAAAUGUCUGGAGGCCAAAAACAGAGGAUCGCCAUCGCCCGAGCCCUGCUGAGGGACCCAAAAAUCUUGCUCCUCGAUGAAGCCACCAGUGCUCUCGACGCGGAAAGUGAAACUGUCGUGCAGCAGGCCCUGGAAAAUGCCAGCCGCGGUCGUACCACAAUUGUGAUCGCCCAUCGACUCUCCACCAUUCGAAAUGCCGACAAAAUUGUGGUGAUUCGACAUGGAGAGGUUGUUGAAACCGGACGCCACAGCGAGCUAAUGGAAGCUAGAGGCCACUACUUCGAUCUGGUCAACGCGCAAGUUUUCGCUGAUGUCGAAACCACGCCUACAAAAACCAACUAUCUACGCCAGCGUAGCAACCGAUUCUCCACGGGAAGCGAUUCGGUCGACGACAACGAUCCGGCGCACAGAAAUUUGGAUACUAUCGAUGAGCACGAGUCGGAGAUGGAUCGGUUGAAAAGAGAAAUCGAGGAAGAAGGCGUUGAAACCGUCGGCCUAUGGAAAAUCAUGAAAUAUAUUGGGCCCGAGAUGAAGUUUUUCUGGAUGGGGGUCAUUUGUGCCAGCUUGGAGGGAACCCUAUACCCACUUUAUGGGCUCUUCUACACCAAGGCUUUUGAGAUCUUUUCCGAGCCUGAUCAAGAACUCAUGCGAUAUCGUGGUCAUAUGGCUGCCCUGGCAUUUUUGCUGAUGAUGGUGUUGGACCUAACGUUCCCGUCGUUAGGGGCAAUCGGUUUCGGCGUCGUGGCGAGUCGUGUGACGGAGCGGUUGAGAAGCUUGACUUUUCGAAACGUGCUCAGCCAAUCCGCCGCCUAUUUCGAUUCACCCAAGCAUUCAGCUGGGAAAAUCUCAACCCGAUUGGCGACUGAUGCCCCGAAUAUCAAACAGGCCGUCGACCUCAAACUCGGGCAACUCCUGCGUGGAAUUGUCGCCCUGCUGGCCGGACUGGCCGGAGCUUUCUACUUCUCCUGGCACAUGUCGUUGCUCAUGCUCACCAUUAUCCCGAUCAUCACCAUCGCCGAGUACUUCUGGGAGAAGAGCUUUGGCAAGGAUACGGUAGAAGAUAUGAGGCUGAUGGAGGCGAGUGGAAAGGUAGCAAUGGAGUCGAUAGAAUCGAUUCGUACUGUCCAUGCCCUCUCUCUACAAGGCGUCAUGCACUCGAAAUAUUGUGCACUGAUCGAGCGGCCAUUUAAGACCAACAAGCGAAAAGCCAUCGUCCAAGGCCUAAUGUCCGCAGUUUCCACCGGAAUGCAACCCCUCACCGACGCUAUGCAAUACCGAUUUGGGGCGUGGCUUAUUGCCCGGAAUAUGAUCGUCAACCCGUUUGAUGCCUGGAGAGCCCAAUUCUGCCUACAGUACGCCUCAUACGCCAUGCUCAAGCAAGAAACGGCGAUUGAUGGGAUGAAGCGGAUAGGGUUUAAGUCCACGAGUGGAAAAGUGGAAUUCGAAAGCCUCCGAUUCGCCUACCCAGAAAGGAGCGAUGUGGAGGUCCUGAAAGGCGUGAGCUUCACCAUCGAACCCGGUCAGACCGUAGCCGUCGUUGGGCCAUCUGGAUGCGGGAAAUCGACCCUUGUCGGGUUGCUCCAACGAUUCUACGAUGUCGCUGAUGGGGCUGUGAAAAUCGACGGUCAAGACAUUCGAACUAUGGGAGCGGCAGACGUUAGAGGUCAAAUGGCCGUCGUCGCACAAGAGCCGAUACUGUUUGACGAUUCGAUUAAGAACAAUAUUAUCUACGGCCUGGACGCAGCUACGGUAACUGAAAGCGAUGCGGUGGAGGCUGCCAAGAAGGCCAAUAUUCACAGCUUCAUCGCUGGGCUGCCACUUGGAUACGAUACUACCGUCGGAGAUAAGGGGACGCAACUUUCUGGAGGACAAAAGCAACGCGUUGCCAUCGCCCGAGCACUCGUCCGAAACCCAAAAAUUCUCAUUCUCGAUGAGGCAACAAGUGCGUUAGAUACGGAAAGUGAAAAGGUAGUACAAGAAGCGCUUGACGCUGCCUCUGAGGGCCGUACCUGUCUGGUAAUAGCCCAUCGGCUGAGCACGAUCCGAAAUGCCCACAAAAUUGUGGUGAUGAGGGCUGGGGAGAUUGUUGAACAGGGCAAUCACCAAGAACUUAUCGCCAUGAAGGGAGCCUACUACCGAUUAGUGUUGCAGCAAGAAAGGAGAAGGCACUCUACGGAAGGGCCAAUCGAGGAGGAGAUCGUUUUGGAA